UCCCUUAAGGAAGCAAAGAAAAAAAGAAAGUUAACAAACUUUUAAGCCACACAGGCUGAAGGUGAGGUGGCAGCUCUGAACAGACGCAUCCAGCUCGUGGAAGAGGAGUUGGAUCGUGCCCAGGAGCGACUGGCCACAGCCCUGCAGAAACUGGAAGAGGCUGAGAAAGCAGCUGAUGAGAGCGAGAGAGGAAUGAAGGUGAUUGAGAACAGAGCAAUGAAAGAUGAAGAGAAAAUGGAGAUUCAGGAAAUGCAACUGAAGGAGGCCAAGCACAUCGCCGAGGAGGCCGACCGCAAAUACGAGGAGGUUGCUCGUAAACUGGUUAUUCUGGAGGGUGAACUGGAACGAGCUGAGGAGCGUGCAGAGGUGUCUGAAGUUAAAUGCAGUGACCUUGAAGAGGAGCUAAAGAACGUCACAAACAACCUGAAGUCUUUGGAAGCUCAAUCUGAAAAGUACUCGGAAAAAGAAGAUAAAUACGAAGAAGAAAUCAAGAUUCUCACUGACAAGCUCAAAGAAGCUGAAACUCGUGCUGAGUUUGCAGAGAGAACUGUUACCAAACUGGAAAAGUCUAUCGAUGACCUGGAAGACGAGCUCUACGCUCAGAAGCUGAAGUACAAAGCCAUCAGUGAGGAGCUUGACCAUGCCCUCAAUGACAUGACCUCCUUGUGA